AUGAGUGCGGCCCAAAAACUCACCAAGAAGCAGAAGAAGGCGCUCGCCUUCCGAGAGCGCAAAGGCAAGGGAAAGGCCAAGGCCGUUGACGAAGACAACGAUGUUCCUGUUGAAGAGAACCUCGAUCUGGUGGAGGCUCAAGUGGAAGAUAGCCAUGUGGAAGAUCCGCAGGGACGUGGCAAGCCUGAAGCAACGACACUCGGCGAGGCUAAGCGGGUGGUGGAAGGCGGUAGGCCUGCGCAAAAGCGGAAGCGCGAGGAGGAAAAGCCAGUGGAGGGCGGCGAGCAGUCAAAACCGAAGAAGAAGAAGCGGAAGGCCACUGACAGCGAAGGGGUCGCUACUGGGGAUGCAGCGACAGAAGCGGGAGAGCAGCCUGCUGAUAUGGAGUCAAAAGUGAAGCAGAAACAGCGGUUCAUUCUGUUCGUUGAUCAUACUGGUGUCACGCCUCUCAUCGAAGCCGUCAAAAAUGGACACGUUGAGGUAGUCAGAGCGCUUUUGGAGAAAGGUGCAGACCCCACCAACGCUUCUAGCCAAGGUCCGCCUGAGACCUACACGACGGACUCAGUGAUUCUGGAGCUCUUGGAGACCGCGAAGGGCAAGCUGAACAGCAACGCUGCGCCCGCGCAGGAGCCACUUUACAGCCACGACCAAAACAUGGAUCCUACUAAAGGCUACUAUGGUCCUCCUCCUGGUGCUUACUACUACCCUGGUGUACCCAUCGGCGCUCCUAUGAUGCCAGACGGCUCUGUAGCAUACUACCCGCCACCUCCAGCCCCAAUCUCAUCUGACCAAAAUGCAGGAGCAAUGUCCAACCUGCCGCCGCCUGAAGUAGCGCGCAUGAUACCUUGCCGCGAAUGGGAUUGGUUCACCGACUUCACCGUCAGCACAUCCGCAGGCGGAUGGCUAUGGGCAUGGACCCAUGAACCGAGAUGGUAUGGCCCACCACCGAAGAGGAAGCGCGCGCAGGCCUUCCUUCGCGCUGAGUGCCGAUUCCCCCAUGUAUUGCCGGAGGUUACUGCUUCCUACCAGCAUCACCACCACCCUCCUCCCCACUUCGCUCCUCGUGGUGGACACCGUCCGCGUCCGUCUGGACAUGCUCACAUGAAUGGCGUGAACGGCCCGAAUGGUAUCGAGGAGAGGUUCGCGGGCAUGGGCAUCCAGGACCAUGACAGACAGCCAUCACACGUACGUAACAACACAAAUGGUACGAGCGCCACAACGGCUUCCAGCAGAUCGCAGUCGAGCGACCCCGGAAGUCGACGAGGACCACCAGGGUACAAGCUCAAUCACAUCCCCAACGGCGCGCGACCGGACAAGAAAUUCUUACCCUCGAAACCUCAGCGUGUCCCUAGCGCUGACGAGUUCCCUACGCUCAGCAGCACUACUCCUCCCUUGCGCAGCCCGGCGAUUCAGGGAACUGGGGCGAAUGGCUGGAGUGGUCCCACCGCUGCUCAGGUCCUUCAAGCUCCUCCACCGCCCCGUAAAGAGAGUCAGCCGGAUCCUCGUGGAAACUCCCCGGAGCAGAAGGAGGCUAGCCUCGACUUGAAGGAUGCGAAACCGGAAGUGAGCAGUUCUCCUGCGGAACUGCCUGUGAGCAAGCUCCCCGUCUCCUUUGCUGCUGCUGCUGCUGCCGCUGCCGCCGCCGCCGCCUCGGUCGCUGCCACUGCUGCACCUGAUGCGGCCAAAGAAGUGACUGUCACUGCCUAAAACGGAUAUUCAAUGUCCUCUUGCAUCUUGUGCUGCAUCUUUUCGUUCGACCUCGUUUCACUCGUCUCCCGUGCGCUACUCCGGGCUAUCUGCUGUAUUAUGUAUUCUCUCCUGCUUUCUGUGACGUCUUCCGUGUCCAUAAUGUCUGCGCGCCGGCGCUGUCAUAUCAUCGACCUAUACAUACAUCGGACCCUCCACUCUGUUCACUCUCAGCAUCAUCAGCUUUUUCGUGCCUUCUGCUGCAUUUCUCUGUCUGCCUAGAGUCAUUGCCUUCCUCUUGUUUACUCGUCAGCUCACCUCGAUGUUGUGUCACGCUCAAACACCCAAAAGCAAUCUUCGUAUCCAAUAAAACCUAUCAUAGUACUUCCUAUGGCCCUGCUUCUACCCACGUAUAUGCUACAGUUCAGAUUAACUUAUGCCGCGGUG